ACCUCUCACCUCUCACCUCUCACCUCUCACAAACCCAAAAACCCGCCGGAAAAAUGUCGUCGCCGUGCAAACGCCGGGAGAUGGAUUUGAUGAAACUGAUGAUGAGUGAUUACAAGGUGGAGAUGAUCAAUGAUGGCAUGCAAGAGUUUUUUGUGGAUUUCAAUGGGCCCAAAGAGAGCCCUUAUCAGGGAGGUGUGUGGAGGAUACGCGUAGAGCUACCAGAUUCUUAUCCUUAUAAGUCUCCAUCUAUUGGAUUUGUCAACAAAAUCUACCACCCUAAUGUUGAUGAAAUGUCGGGAUCAGUUUGUUUAGAUGUUAUCAACCAGACUUGGAGUCCCAUGUUUGAUCUGGUUAAUGUGUUUGAAGUCUUUCUUCCACAACUUCUCUUAUAUCCCAAUCCAACGGAUCCCUUGAACGAAGAAGCUGCUGCUUUAAUGAUGCGUGAUCGGACUGCUUAUGAACAAAGGGUAAAAGAGUUCUGUGAGAAAUACGCAAAGCCAGAAGAUAUAGGAGCUGCUCAAGAAGAGAAAUCCAGUGAUGAAGAGCUGAGUGAAGAUGAAUAUGCCUCCAGUGAUGAUGAGGCUGUUGCAGGAAAAGCUGAUCCCUAGGUGCUAAAAAUAUAGCUGGCCUAAUUUACUGGCCGUUGUACUUGUACAUUAUAAUUGUGUUCUUGCAUUAAAACCAAACAAAAACCGAGGGCUUACAGAAAAUUUCCUGUCCUUCUGUUAGUGUAAAUUAAUCAACUAUGCUUUAAUAUUU